AUGGGAGAUGAAGAAGAAGGAGACAGCAAAAAAUCAACGUAUACACUUCCAUUAUCAGCAGCAAUUUGUAUCAGCUCUGUUCAAUUGAUCCAAUAUAUUAUACUAGUUUCUACCGAUGAUACUUUGAAUAAUCCAUUAGCUCUCUAUGUGGCUUUGGGUCUACUUAUUGCUUCGAUGCUUUUCUCGGCAAUCGCGAUUAUUCUAAUUUCAAUGAAAAAAAGCAUCAAUCAAUAUGUGAUAAUGGUGUGUUGUAUUUUCUCAUUGGUUUUUAUUCUAGUCUCAAUGAUUUGUAUCGGAUGUCUUGUAGUGAAGGUGAGCCUUUAUUUCAAAAUUUCUCUCAAAAAAAAAAAACAAAUUCAGAACUACCCUGGAGACGAAAAACUGGAAGAGGGCAAGAACAAAAUGACCAACAAAGAUUUCCGCGAAAAAAUCCCGCCAACAUCUUACUCCCUAUUGGUUACCAAUGGAUUCGUCGUGAUCUUGACAUUGAUAUCAGUUGGAAUAUCAUUUUUCAAGGCGCGGAAAGCGAGGCGCAAUGCAGCGCCGAGAUAUUUGUCAUCAAAUCAAUCGCGAACUAGAAGUCCAUCACGUACUCCGACAACAGAUCCGGAGAAGCAGGCAGCAGCCAUGCCACCGCCGCCUCCGGAACCAAAGAAAGAUCCACCGACGCCGAGGGAGAAGAGGUAUCGUUAUUGUCAAAUUUGGAAAAAUGUGGCCGCGCGUGCGGCUGUGCGUUGCGGUCGGAGAAUAAUCAAUAAUUCCGACCGCGACGCACAACCGCACGCGAGUGACAGGUUCUAGUAGUUUUCGACCCGCUGAUCACGAUUCCGUUGUCUAAAAUUGCAAAGCUCAACUCCUAACAUGAGUUAUGACGUGGAAAGUUAGGAAAUUUAGAAAAAUCGGCACAAUCUUCUGGAUUUUUGUAUGAACCUCCUAAACGUAUCUAAUCGAGAUAUCAGAUUUUGAUUAAAAGCGAGUUUUGACUUCCCAAAGUGCCGAUUUCUCGAAGUUUCCUAACUUUGCCACGUCAUAACUCAUGUUAGCUGCAAUUUUAGACAACGGAAUCGUGAUCAGCGGGUCGAAAACUACAAGAAAACCUACAUCCCGAUUGCAAGUUGAAACAGUUUCCUUUUUAUUUAGCAGCCCUACGUCUAGCAUCAAUAUUCUUUUUUCAGCAAAAGCAAGAGCCCUACUCGUUCACCAAAAAGUCCUCGCGACAAAUCAGACAGCCGCAAUCGUCGCGACAAUAAAACGCCGCCCAGAAAUGCAGACAAAGAGCGGGACCGUUCGAGAAGCGACAAAGAUCGACGUGAUCGUUCACGUAGUGACAAGGAUCGAAAGGAGCGGGAGCGAGAGAAGGAGAGAGACCGUGAACGGUCAGAGGAGAGACGACGAGAGAAGGAGAGAGACCGUGAACGUUCGGAAGAGAGACGACGAGAGAAGGAGAAAGCGAGGGAAAGAGAACGUUCGGAGGAGAGACGACGAGAGAAGGAGAGAGAGCGAGAGAAGGAAAGACAGAGGGAAAGAGAUCGAGAUCGAGAUCGUUCGAGAAGUGACAAAACUAGAGAUAGAGAUCGAGAUCGUGACAGAGACCGAAAAGAUCGAGAUAGAAGUCGAAGCCGAAGCAGAAGUCGAGGAAGUAAACCGCGUUCGAGAAUGGAUGAUCGAGACAAAGAUCGAGAUCAGGAUAAGAGGUUGUUCAGGUGAAACAAAAAGCCGAAAACUGUUGGGAAAUGUCGAGAUUUUUGUAAUUUUUUUUUUGGUUUUUCAGGGAGAGAGAACGAGAAAGAGAGAGGGAAAGAGAGAGAUCUAGAGAAAAAGAAAGGGAGAGAGAAAGGGAUCGAUCGAGGAAAAGCGACUACAAGAAACAUGAUAAUAGUAGAAGUCGAAGCCGUGGUGAAAAAAGAAGAAGUAAGAGUCGUGAAAGAGAUCGUAGAUGA